AUGUCAGACUCCAGUAGGAAGCGGAGGCUGGCCGAGGUUGCCUCGACCUCCCUGAAUGUUUUGACGAUGGGCUCGGCGACCACGACGGACGUCAGCCACAAGAUACGCCUGCUGCUGAAGGCGCUGCUCGCCGAAGCUGAUCCCCUGAAGGAGCUGCAGAGCGUGAAGACCACGGUCCGGGCCCUGCUCGAGAUAUGCAAGAACGGUGAGUACUGGGACCUCGCCCGGGAGGAGGUGACGUUGCGCCAGGGCCCGGGCCCCUUCCUGCAGUCGCCAGGCACCCUGCAUGCCUGCCCUCCUGCUCGGGGUGACGAAGCACCUCUGUCGCCCCUUGCAGAGGAGAACCUGGACGCGGCGGCCAGGGAAGGGACUGUGGGCGCCGUGGUCCCCCUGCUGAAGCAGGCGUGUGGCUCCGAUGACCCCUCCUCGGUCAACCCCCCUGUCGAGGUGGAGGAGCUGGAGCGCGACAUCUGCUUCCUGCUGGGCCUGCUGGCCAUCAAGGUGGCGCACCAGCAGGCCAUCUGCAAGGCCGGCGCGCUGCGCACGCUGGUGGCGCUGAACAACGCGAUCAAGGACCGAGUGCGCGGCGAGGGCGGCGUGCCCCACCUGGUGGCCCUGCUGUCGUCGGUGGACCCCAAGGUGCAGCGCGCGGUGGCGGGCAGCCUGCGCACGCUGGCGUUCAAGAACGAGGAGAACAAGGCGCUGAUCGUGGCGCUGGGCGCGCUGCCGCUGCUGGUCCAGAUGCUGCACGCGGAGGACACCACGCUGCACUACGAGGCGGUGGGCGUGGUGGGCAACCUGGUGCACUCCUCCGCGCCCAUCAAGCGCGCGGUGCUGGAGGCGGGCGCGCUGCAGCCCAUCAUCAACCUGCUGUCCAGCCCCUGCCCCGACUCGCAGCGCGAGGCAGCCCUGCUCCUGGGCCAGUUCGCGACGGAGGGCGAGUACAAGUUCGCCAUCGUGCAGCGCGGCGCGGUGGCGCCGCUGAUCGAGAUGCUGGCCCACGCCGACACGCAGCUGCGCGAGAUGGCGGCCUUCGCACUGGGUCGCCUGGCCCAGAACGCGGACAACCAGGCGGGGAUCAUCGCGUCGGGGGGCCUGCUCCCGCUCAUGGACCUGCUGGAGUCGCGGCUGGGCAACCUGCAGCACAACGCCGCCUUUGCGCUGUACGGCCUGUCCGACAACGACGACAACCUGAUCGAGUUCGUGCGGGAGGGCGUGGUCCAGCGCAUCCUGGCCUGCGACAUGAUCGUGCAGCCCAGCCGCGACUGCGUGGCCAAGACGCUCAAGCGGCUGCAGGAGCGUCUGCGCGGCCGCGUGCUGGCCCAGAUCCUGUACAACAUGCAGGGCGCAGGCGGCGCGGCGCGCGCACGCAUCGCCGUCGCGCUCGCCGCGCUGACCACGCCCGACAGCCCCUCCCCCGCCGCCAACCGCGUCAUGUUCCUGGAGAAGCGCACCGUGCAUGUGCUGGUGGACGCGCUCACCGACCCGCACACGCCGGGGGACCUGCAGGCGCAGGCCGCCGCGUCCCUCAUGCGCGUGGCCGAGGCUUGUGGUGCCACCUCGCCCCUGCCCCUGGACCCCGAGCCGCCGGAGCCGCAGCGCGUUUACCUGGGCCCCCAGUACGUGAACAGCCGCGUGGAGUCGGACGUGACCUUCCAGGUGGAGGGCCGGCCCUUCUACGCGCACCGCAUCGCGCUGCAGGCCUGCUCCGACAUCUUCCGCUCCAUGUUCGACGGGCACUACCGCGAGACCGACGCCUCGGUCAUCCCCAUCCCCAACAUCCGGUGGGAGGUGUGGGAGGCCACCAUGCGCUGCAUCUACUGCGGCUCGGUGGCGGUGCCGCCGGAGGCCGCGCAGGAGCUGCUGGCCGUGUCCGACCAGUACAUGUUGGACACGCUGAAGCGCUUGUGCGAGGCCGCCAUCGCGGAGGGCCUGACCCCGGACAACGUGUCGGCCGCCUUCGAGCUGGCCGAGGGCUUCAACGCGCCCGACCUGGCCAAGCGCUGCGUCCUGUUCUGCCUCGCACACCACGCCGCGCUGGUGGCCGCGCCCGGCGGGUCGCGCGCCGGGUACGCGGUGGCCAUGCAGCGCAUGGCCCCGCGCCUGCACGCCGCGCUGGCGGAGCACAUCGCCCGCAACGCCGACGCCGCGGCGGCCAGCGCGGGCGCCGCCGAGGCGGGGUCCUGA